AGUACGCAUGCGCAUUGCACGGUUUGCGGUUGCGCCAACUGGCAGAGGAUGUUACUGGUAGCCAGUGUAGAUGCACUGGGUUUUUCCACAACAAUAACAGUACCAUCAUUUUUUUAAUCUCCACUUUCCGAUCUGAGGAUUACACAUUUCAGAGGCUCUUUGAUCCAUCAUCCGUCUGUGAGAAACCCAAUGAGCUCUUUUGUUCUUAGCUUUCACAUGCUGCUGACAAUGGAUGGGUUUGCAUAUUUGCAGAGCUUCUAUCUGCAGAAGAAACAAGAAUCAUGGCUGGCUAGCUAGGCCGUUCAUUGAUUUUUAAAGCAACGAACAAGAGUCUUGACACGACGGGAUCCGUAACGUCUGUGUGCGUAGACCACAGCGGGGUUUUAAGGACCAAGCGUUUUAGGAGCGAGUCUGCUGUAUUUUGGGGUGUUUUUUUUAGCUAGCGGCACGAGCCGUUAGCGUCACAACCUUGGCUGGCUGACGUCUCGCCUCUGUAGUUAGCCUCCUCUGCUAGCUAACGCUAGUUAGCAUCGGCUGCACAGGAGAAUUGUGGAAUACUUCCCUAGGACGUUUCAAAUCGAGAGAGGAUACGCGCACCAACAUCUACUUUGACAGCAGCGUCUCUUGGAUGAAUGUGGGACAAGAUGGAGACCCCGACGAUUGUGUACGAUCUGGAUACCUCCGGGGGCUUAAUGGAGCAAAUUCAGUCUCUACUGGCGCCUCCGAAGUCCGAAGAAUUGGAAAAACGGAGUCGGAAGUUGGUGAGAGACGUCCGGAGGAGCGGCAGGGCCACCAACCAUGACACUUGUGAUAGCUGCCGGGAGGGAGGCGAUCUGCUGUGCUGUGACCACUGCCCGGCCGCUUUCCACCUCCAAUGCUGCAACCCUCCUCUGAGUGAAGAAAUGCUUCCUCCUGGAGAGUGGAUGUGCCACCGAUGUAAUGUCAAAAAAAGAAAGCGGGACCAGAAGUCAGAGCAGACGAACGGUCUGCCAGAAAGACCUUUGUCUAAAUGCUCCCUGUCUCCUGCUGUGGAGCUUGAGCUCAAUGCUGGUCCACUACGGCUUGAUGGACUCCCCCCAGGAGCUGGAGCCGCGGGCCCUGGGCUACGGGUGGCUCAGGUCCGUCUUUUGGAUCGGAAGACUUGCAGCAGGCCCGGGACUCCUACAUCAAACACCUCAUCUACCCCGACUCUCUCAGAGGAUCAGAAUGAUGGGGAGGAUGACACAGUCGAGCCUGAGGAUGAUUUUCAAGGAGCAGAGUUUGAAGGUGCCCCUUUAUUAGCCCCAACGCCACGCCUCCUUAAGAGGCCCUUUCAGCUUCUAAUAGCUGCUGCCAUGGAGAGAAAUCCCACACAGUUUCAGUUGCCAAGCGAGCUCACUUGCACCACAGCUCUUCCAGGCAGCAGUAAACGAAGACGGAAAGAGGAGCUCCUAGGAAAACCAUUCCGGAGGCCUCAACAUGAGCUGGAUACUAACGGUCUUGUCCCUCUUCCGGUGAAAGUCUGCUUUUUUUGCAACAAGAGUUGCAGGUUAGCUCCUCUGAUCCAGUGUGAUUAUUGCCCACUUCUCUUUCAUAUGGACUGCCUUGACCCCCCACUUACAGCUUUACCUGCUGGCAGGUGGAUGUGUCCAAAUCACGUUGAAAACAUAGUGCUCAAUCAGAGGAGCCUGAGUCUGUCCAAGCGCUGUCAGCUCUUUGACCAAUUCCAGGACAGGAUGUCCCAGCAUGCAGUCAAGUUAGAUUUUCUUCGUAGAAUCCAUCGACAGAAUGCCCCAAAUCGACGUACCUUUACUCAGCUGAUCAAGAAAACUAUUAAGGUUCCUGAUGCCAUUAAGUCCCAGUACCAGAAUCCUCCUCCCAUGCUCCUCCCUGCAGGGAUGCGACAGUUGGAAGUGGUUUGCAGUAGCAUUUCUGACCACAAGUCUUCAGAUCACCUUGCAACAGAAGCUGAGCAGCAAGAGUGGCUUCAGGAUGUCAUUGCUCUCCAAUGUAGUAUCAUGCGGCAUCUUUCAAUCAAACAGACACCUGGAUCCACGUCGGCAGCAGAUUUUGAGUUGGAGCAAAAGAGCUUCAUAAAAUCAUGUAUUUUCUCAGAAGAAAUGAAGGCUCAGGCUUCUUUCGGAAGGACUUCUUCACCUUUGCCCUGCCCUAAAAUGCCUACUGGAAGUUUAUCCAAAAGCUCUCUAGGGCCCUCCUUUUCCAAGGAUAGUCCUGCAAAGCUUCCUGUCUGUCAGUGUAACACAACUUCAUGUCAGAACUGCCAUAAAACCAACGGACCUGUGGCAGCGCUUCAGCCUCCCAGCCCUUGCACAACUCUAGACUGUGAUAGCACGUUGACCUCCUCCAGACACACUGAGCUGCAACACAGGCUGAAUCCCAGUUCAACAGCCCUAGAAUCAGAGCCUGUUACGGGACUAGUGAACCACGUACAAACUGAAGCUGUUAAAAAGGAACAUGAGGGGACCACAGAGAUUUGUGCUCUGAAAAACUGUCCUGCUGCUCCUACCUUAUGGCCCAACAGUAGUGAGCUGAACAACAAGAGCCCCAACAACCUUCAGGAGGAAUGCCUGAGCAGUGAUCCCCACUCUCUCACAGGCAGCUCUAUCUCAGAUGCACCGAAAGAGAAGCAGAAGCAAGACCCAGAAAAACUGAAGGGGUUUCAACCACCAGCGGACACGAAAGCACCAGCUGGCCUGAUGGACAUGCGUCUGUCAACCACACUUUCAUCUGUUACAAACCUAUCUAGUUGUACGAAGGAUGGAAAGGAGGAUGGAGACAUUGAGAUUGAUAAACUGGAUGCAGAAAUGAUCAAGAUAUUGGCCUAUCAAAGGAUCCAGCAGCUGUUUCCCCCUAAAGUAUCUAGCACUCCACCUCCAACAGGCUCCUCUAAAGUCUCAUCACCCCAACCUGACAGUCAGAAGAAAGUCCAGGCCCGAGCCGUUUUCUAUCCUCUGAUAGGAAAAGGACAAGCUGUAAGCAUGUGCUACAGGACGUUAUACAUAGGAUCUGGAGCUGACAUGGACGUGUGCCUUUCAAAUUACGGUCACUGCAACUAUGUUUCGGGAAAACAUGCCUGCAUUUUCUAUGAUGAGAACACCAAGCAUUAUGAGCUUCUAAACUACAGCGAGCAUGGCACAACAGUGGACAACGUUCUCUACUCAUGUGACUUUUCUGAAAAAGCCUCGCCAUCGCCGCCCUCCGGCCUUGUGUCCAAAGUGCAAAGCAUUAUCCGACACCACAGGAAGCAGGAGAACGAGAGAGAGGGCUCCGGCUGUGUGUUACCAGCUGGUGGAGUGAUGAGCAGCGAGCCUCGGUGCGCCGUGGGGUCGCUGUGUGGCUGUAAGUCCAGCAGCUCCAGCCUGAUUGGAAGUAGUGGUGCAGGCUGGGAGGGCACGGCGCUCCUUCACCACGGCAGCUACAUCAAACUGGGCUGCCUCCAGUUCGUCUUCAGCAUUGCAGAGUUUGCCAGUAAACUGCCGAAAGAAGAGCAGAGCAUUCCUCCUGCUGCCAGCUACAUGAGCAGUUCCACCAGCGUGGGCGUGUCCAGCUCUGCACAGUUAUCCGCCUCCACACCACCCAGCACUGCCACCUUAAGCAGCCCGUCCAGCCAGGAUGAGGCUGACCCUGAAGUGGUCUGUGCCCACCAAGUGCCCGUUUUGCGCUCCAACUCCAUCCCUUAAACUGCACAAGAAGCCCAGCCGCUACUUUAGUUUGCACCUUCCAAGUCACAAUGAAGGGAAAGCUGCACAGCUGCUCGUCAGCAGGGAAAAGUGAGCUUGUUUUGUUUUUGCAUGAACUUGAAGUAAUGUUGACAAUCUUUUUUGUUUGAGAAUGACUGACGGUAAACUUGAGUUUUAGGACUUGAGCGAACCUCAUUUACCUGCGCUCAGUAUUUCUAUUUGCCUGUGUAUUAGUUAUAUAUGGUGUAGCCUUAUUAUGUCAGUCAACCCAUUUAGCACAACUCUUUUAUUUUGUUGUAAUGAAUUACAUAGUCUGAUUUCUUCUGCUCCUUUGCACCACAGGUAGCUAUAUAUGUAUGAGUACAUACAUGCCUACACACUAUAUGUAUAUAUAACUAUUGUAAAUAUUUAUAAUCCAUUCUUUCUCUUUUGGAGAAACACUGGAUUCCAUGUAGAUUUACCUUUUGGGGUUUUUAAUUGUACAGUCCAUGGAAAUUGUGAAACAGUGCAGAGUACCAAAUGUUUGUGAUAAAACUUGUUCUUAGUCUGUAUUUUCCAUUGUAGUCCAUCUGUUAAUACUGUAGUGUUUUAGCACUCAUUUUGACAUCAUCUGCAGCUUUGUAUAUAAGGACUUUGUCAGUACCUGCUUCUCUGUUAAACAUGUAAAUACAGAAAGAUUUUCUAAUAACAAA